AGAGAGGCAGUAGUAAGUCUCCAGCGAUAAAACAGGAGUAAACGCCGCUUCCAUCACCAUUAAACGGGAGAGAAGGACGGCGAAAAGGGUCGACCGUCACAUUUCCAGGCAGCAGAGGCUUGGACGGGGGGUGAAUGUGAUGUACUAAGCAAAGAUCUUUUCUUUUGGCUUCCACUGACUCCCAGUUCUUUGGGGAACAAGAAGAUACAAGAACUUCUGUUUGGAUAAGACUCCUGGAAGGCAGAUUUCUUGAGAGGGAUUCUUUUCCCAUCUAACCAUGGAGAACGCUCACACCAAGAGUGUGGAAGAAGUUUAUAGUUAUUUGAGCGUCAACGAGAGCACGGGACUGACUUUAGACCAGGUGAAACGGCAGAGAGAGAAAUGGGGUCUCAACGAGUUGCCUGCUGAGGAAGGAAAAUCUAUAUGGGAACUUGUCUUCGAGCAGUUUGAAGAUUUACUUGUGCGAAUUCUUCUUCUGGCAGCUUGUAUAUCUUUUGUAUUAGCAUGGUUUGAGGAGGGAGAAGAAACAAUCACUGCCUUCGUGGAGCCUUUUGUAAUCUUACUGAUUCUUAUAGCUAACGCCAUCGUAGGUGUUUGGCAGGAACGUAAUGCAGAAAAUGCCAUUGAAGCCCUUAAGGAGUACGAGCCAGAGAUGGGCAAGGUGUACCGUCAGGACAGGAAGUCCGUACAGAGGAUCAAAGCCAAAGACAUUGUGCCUGGAGACAUUGUGGAGGUCGCUGUGGGUGACAAGGUACCAGCCGAUAUCCGUAUCUGUGCCAUUAGGUCCACCACGCUCAGAGUGGACCAGUCUAUUCUGACAGGCGAGUCUGUCUCUGUCAUUAAGCACACCGACCCCGUGCCAGAUCCCCGUGCUGUCAAUCAGGACAAGAAGAACAUGUUAUUCUCAGGAACCAACAUAGCUGCGGGAAAAGCUAUAGGUGUGGUGGUGGCCACAGGUGUGAACACAGAGAUCGGUAAAAUCCGUGACGAGAUGGCGUCCACCGAGCAGGAGAGGACGCCCCUGCAGCAGAAGCUGGAUGAGUUCGGUGAGCAGCUCUCCAAAGUCAUCUCUCUCAUCUGCAUCGCCGUGUGGAUCAUCAACAUCGGCCACUUCAACGACCCCGUCCACGGAGGCUCCUGGAUCCGUGGAGCCAUUUACUAUUUCAAGAUUGCCGUCGCUCUGGCCGUGGCCGCCAUCCCUGAAGGUCUUCCUGCUGUCAUCACCACCUGCUUGGCUCUCGGGACCCGCCGUAUGGCCAAGAAAAACGCCAUCGUCCGCUCUCUGCCCUCUGUGGAGACACUGGGUUGCACUUCCGUCAUCUGCUCUGACAAAACCGGCACCCUCACCACCAACCAGAUGUCUGUCUGCAGGAUGUUCAUCAUAGACAAGGCUGAGGGAGAUAAGUGCUCACUGACUGAAUUCACCAUCUCUGGAUCUACAUACGCUCCUGAAGGAGAUGUUUUUCUUGAUAACAGAGUAGUGAAAAGCUCGCAGUAUGACGGGUUGGUGGAGCUGGCGACUAUCUGUGCCUUGUGUAACGAUUCCUCCCUGGAUUUUAAUGAGUCUAAAGGCGUUUAUGAGAAGGUUGGAGAGGCCACGGAGACAGCUCUGACCUGCCUGGUGGAAAAGAUGAACGUUUUUGACACUGACGUCAGGAGCUUGUCAAAGAUCGAGAGAGCCAACGCCUGCAACUCCGUGAUCAAGCAUCUGAUGAAAAAGGAGUUCACCCUGGAGUUUUCCAGAGACAGGAAGUCCAUGUCUGUGUACUGUUCCCCCAACAAAGCCAGAUCUUCUUCUGCUAAGAUGUUUGUCAAGGGAGCUCCAGAGGGAGUGAUUGAGAGGUGCACAUAUGUGCGUGUGGGUGGAUCCAGGGUUCCCCUGACUCAGGGCAUCAAGGAUAAGAUCAUGUCUGUGAUCAAAGAGUACGGCACUGGCCGUGAUACCCUGCGCUGCCUGGCACUAGCCACCCGUGAUAGCCCACUGAAGAAAGAGGAGAUGAUCCUGUCAGACACGGCCAGCUUCGCACAGUAUGAGUCGGAUCUGACCUUUGUGGGUUGUGUGGGCAUGCUGGAUCCUCCUCGUACGGAAGUAGCCGCUUCCAUCAAGCUCUGCCGCCACGCCGGCAUCCGGGUCAUCAUGAUCACCGGCGACAACAAAGGCACGGCUGUGGCCAUCUGCAGACGCAUCGGCAUCUUCUCAGAGGACGAUGACGUCAACCAAAUGGCCUUCACUGGCCGUGAAUUCGACGACCUUUCACCUCACGACCAGCGCAAAGCUGUCAUGGCUGCCCGCUGCUUUGCACGCGUCGAGCCUUCGCACAAGUCCAAGAUUGUGGAGUUCCUGCAGGGCUUUGAUGAGAUCACUGCCAUGACAGGAGAUGGCGUGAACGAUGCCCCUGCCCUGAAGAAGGCAGAGAUUGGCAUCGCCAUGGGCUCUGGCACUGCUGUGGCCAAGACAGCCUCGGAAAUGGUCCUCGCUGAUGACAACUUUUCCACCAUUGUGGCUGCCGUUGAGGAAGGCAGAGCUAUCUACAACAACAUGAAGCAGUUCAUCCGCUACCUCAUCUCCUCCAACGUGGGCGAGGUCGUCUGUAUCUUCCUCACCGCUGCGUUGGGUUUCCCUGAGGCCCUGAUCCCCGUCCAGCUGCUGUGGGUGAACCUGGUGACUGAUGGUCUUCCUGCCACCGCUCUGGGCUUCAACCCUCCUGACCUGGACAUCAUGAACAAGCCCCCUCGCAACGCCAAAGAGCCCCUCAUCUCUGGAUGGCUCUUUUUCAGAUACUUGGCCAUCGGCUGUUAUGUGGGUGCUGCGACUGUAGGAGCUGCAGCCUGGUGGUUUAUUUCUGCUGAUGACGGUCCAAUGAUCACAUUUUACCAGCUGAAUUGUCCUGGAGCAUCCUAG